UUUUUAAAUAAUGCCAACUCGUAAUCGUUAACAAUAUAUGGAUUUUCAGCAUUUAAUUUAUAUUUGGGGAAUACCCGACUUACGUGCCAGUUGAUAAAAGUUUUAUAGAAACAUAUUAUAAAGGUACCUACCGUGGUACUUACUAGCAACUUGUUCAAAGAGUAGUAUAAUAAUACGGGAACGGAAUAACGGAAUGCGGGAAGUUCUUAAUCUGUGUUAAAUACUAUUAAAUGUAUAGCUAAAACAUCUUAUUGAUUUUUGUAUUUCCAUCAAAUAAGCUGUACAGAAAGGAUCAACAAACUUAGAAAUGAAGUUAAAAUCAGUAAGAAGGUAUCUAUUGAAGAAGGAAGUUGGGGUAUCCGAGCUCAGGACUAAUGACUCCGUGAUUAUAAUAGAUGGUGCCUACUUCAAGGAAACGUACAAAAAAAGCGGCUGUCAAUUUAUCUUGGGCGGAGAAUACGAUAGAUAUGCGAAUUACUUAAAAAAUAUUUUGAAUAAUUUCGUUAAGAACGAUAUUGAAUGUUUCGUAGUUUUCAAUGGAGGCAUGAAAGCCGAUAUAGAGUCGAGGAAAGCCAUCCAUCAAAACAUAAUAGACAGAACAGAUGCGCUAAAGCCUGGUCGGCAAGACAAUGUAUAUUGUGAACCAAUAUUUGCUAAAGAUGUGCAGAGGGAAGUUUUUGACGAGUUAAAUAUAAAGUAUUACGUUUGUGAAUAUGAUCAUAAAGAAGCGCUCAUAACUCUAGCAACACAUUACAAUUACCCAAUUUUAACAAACAAUUUUGAAUAUUCUCUGUUCGGUGUGUCGUGCAUCUUUGCAAACUCUUUAAUGUUUGAUGUAGACCACGGAUUUAGAUGUACCGUUUAUCAUCCAAAUACAAAAAUAUUUCCGUUUAAUAAUCAUAUUAUGUCGAUUUUACUAGCAGUCGCUGACGAAGACAGUAGUUAUUAUAAACAUUUGCCAAAAAUAUUGAAAUGUCACGAGACAAACGUAUUCGUUUCAGCCCAACAUUGGAUAAGGCGUCAAAAUCAAACUAGUGCCACUAAAGAGUUAACCAAGUAUUUGUCGCCAGAGGAUCGGACAUCUCUCUUAGACAACAUCAAUAAUUUUUCAUUACUUUUUAGAUGCACUAAACACCCUGUAAUUAAAAGUUUUGGUGAACGUAAAAACGAUACAAUGUACAAAAUAGAUGUAAGGAAAUCAAACUGGUUUAAUGACGGUGUAUCGAGGGGUAAUAUUGCCAUUCCAUACAUUAAUUUAAAGAAUUCUAAAACAUUCUCUGGGUCUUGGUUAAUAGUUGAUAAGAAUAAAAAUGAUGCCAUACUCGUUGCACUAGAUAUUGUCUUUUAUGCUUUAGGACUGUUAACGAAUAGCCAGAUUAUGAAAAUUUCAUUUAUAGGUAGACAGUUUGCGACGUCUCGUGUUUGGGAAAUCGACGGUAGACUAGAAUCAUCGGAAUCUUUACAAUUAUUUUACUCAAAUACAAUGAAGUCAAAUUCGAUAGAUAUAUUUAAAGUAAUUAUUCGUGAAAUAUUACAUGACUUUGAUUUUAAAUCUUUAGAGAGCCUCUCAAAAGAUUGUCACAUGAUAAUUAUCGCUCUGGUUUAUUACUUCGUCAAAAGCAAAGAAGAUUUCAGCAAGGGCGUAUAUUCCAUUCUUUUGUCCUAUUUUAUGCUAGGACCUGUAGCGGAAGAAGUGGGGGUAUUGAAAAGAAGUAAUUUCUCCGUUACACAUAACGUUGAUAAGGAACAAGAGAGCAGAAUGCUAACGCUAAAACGAGAAUCUUAUGUGGCUGCAGCUCAAGCUUUCAUGGACUUCUUUUAUAUCAACGAGUCGUCUCUGAAGAACCUAUUUUAUCGCGAUAUUCUUCAUAGAAUCACAGAGUUCAACCAUUGCUUGCAACACGUCAAUUAUCUUAAUAAAAUGUGUGGCGCAAAUACAAAAUGUACUACAUAUAACAAGGCAAUAAAUGAAACGUUUGUUUAUAAUAUUUUUGUUACUCUAAAGGAUCAGGAAUUCCCAUUGGAUUAUUUGAAAAAACGUAUCGAUUGUGAUCCCAUAUACAUGGAAUAUAAAAAGAUUGUCGAUGUGUUUGAAACUUGUUAUAAAUCGGUUAAGGCUUAGUUUACUUUUGAAGCUACUUACUUUUAUAUAUUGUUUUUUAUAUACUUAGUUUUAUAUUAUCUGUGCGUAUCAAGUUUUUUUUGUUUUUUUUUCUCUUUUUUUCUUUUUUGUUUUCUUUUUCUGGCCGUUUAAAGGCGUUAUAAGUUGAUGAAAGCGUGUGAACUACUUUAAUAUAAAAAAUUAACGAUUACAAUGUAAGUGCGAAAGCUAAUACAGUAAUUGCAAUUUGUAAUACCUACGUAGGUGAAAAAGUGUUCUAAUUCAAUAGGCGAUGAAUUUUUUAAUUUUUUUUUACCUUGCAUCAAAUAUUGUUAAAUAAAUAUUUUCAGUACUUUUCAUUAUUCUAUUAUGUUUUUAUAAAACGUAGCUACGCCUAGCCUUUCGGCCACCCGUGAUCCUGCAUUGGCGAUCGAAUUUUUUCUUUUCUUUUAUGUGCCCAAAAGAGACCCCAAAAUUUAUUGCUUAAAAAGCCUUUGAAUGCUAUAAAACUGAAAAAUUGAAUUUUACGUGCAUUAUGUCAUGAAUGCAAAUUUAUAUCUUGUUAUUUUUAUGCUUUAAGUUUAAGAAUCUGUGUGAUAGGAUGUUAAUUAUGUUUUUUUAAAUAAAACUUAUCUCAUUA